UGCAGUCUGGUUUUUAUUAUCAAGCUGAGCGUCUUUGGCUUUUUCUUGGGCUUUGGGCUUGCUUUCAACUUUUGCUAUGAGCUUCAACACCAAACAGAGCACCACUACGGUGUACACCAGACCAAGAAGCAGCAACGGUAGCACCAGAGAGAGUGGUGUCAGGGUUGUUUCAGCAGCCAGAGAUGCAUCUCCUGCCCCAGGCAGUGCUAGAUGCAGCAUCUCUGGGAGAAGCUUUAGUAGUUAUGGUGAUGGGAUGAGUAGAGCAAGUGGCAUGGAUGGCUUUGAAAGAGUAAGGAGCAGUAGGGGUAUCAUAGAUGGUGGUUAUGGGUUCAGCGCUGGCAGCUCCCGCUAUGGGCAUGUUGCCGGUUGCGGAUUUGGUGUUUGCAAUGAGGCACCCCUGAUCUCCUGCGAUGAAAAGAUGACCAUGCAGAACCUCAACGACCGCUUGGCCUCUUACCUGGACAAGGUGCGAGGCCUGGAGGAGGAGAACAUGGAGCUGGAGGGCAAAAUCCGGGAAUGGUAUGAGCAACAAGGACCUCUCUAUGACCAAAAGGAUUACAGCAGUUACUAUCAGCAAAUUGAAGACCUGAAAAACCAGAUAAUUUGUGCUACAGUGGAUAACAGCAAGCUUGUUCUGGAUAUUGAUAAUAACCGGAUGACUGCAGAUGACUUUAGACUGAAGUAUGAGACCGAGCUGGCUCUCAGCCAGAAUGUGGAAGCAGACAUCAAUGGAUUACGCCAAGUCCUGGAUCAACUGACCCUUUGCCGGUCUGAUCUGGAGAUGCAACUUGAGUCCCUCCGGGAAGAGCUGUGUUGCCUCAAGAAGAACCACGAGGAGGAAGUAAAGGAGUUGAAGAGUCAAGCCAAUAGAGACGUCAGUGUGGAAGUCAAUUCUUGCCCAGGUCCAGACCUGAAGAAGAUUUUGGAAGAUAUGAGAUGCCAAUAUGAAACCAUGAUUGAGAAUAAUCGCAGAGAAGUUGAGCAGUGGUAUGAAAAUAAGAUGGAGGAAGUGAAUCGGGAGGUCACCAAUAGUAGCAAGGAAUUUGAAGAUUGCAACAACCAAGUCAUUGAUCUGAAACGCCAGCUGCAGACCUUGGAAAUAGACCUUCAGGCCCAGCUUAGCCUGAGAGACUCGCUGCAAGGUUCUUUGGCCGAGACCGAAUGUCGCUACAACAACCACUUGGCUGAAAUACAGAACCAGAUUUCAUGCGUGGAGCAGCAGUUGGCGGAGCUGAGGGCAGAGAUGGAGUGCCAGAACCGCGAGUACAGAGAGCUGCUGGACGUUAAGUGUCGCCUGGAACAGGAGAUCCAGACGUACCGCAGCCUGCUAGAGGGCAGCCAGGAGGACAUUGUCAACCGCAGUAGCACCAAAACAGGAGGAUUUUCCAGACAACCAAGUGGGAGUCACAGAAGCCCCAGCUCUCCUAGCCGUUCCCAGCCAUUGGUGACUGACAUCAAAGCAUACGUCAGAUAAAUUUCCAAAGCAGCACCUCAAUAACAAGUUUUCUGUAACUUGUUGAACUCAUGAGAGCCAAGUAUCCAUGGAUGGGCUGUCUCUGGGCUCAUUGCAUUACUCUCUUCUUCUCGAAACCUUUGGUGGUUGCUACCAUUGCCCUGCGUGUUAGUUAACAAAUCUUCAUGGAGCUGGUCUUGGGCACUCUAUUGAAUGUGGGUCUUUAAUAAAACUGUUUUCCUACUGAUGCAAACAAAGAAA